AUGGACCCAUCAGAACAGUCACAAUCCUCCGACAUGACGGGAUUCACUGACACUGCUCCCAGGAGUAUGCCACCACCACUGCCACCACGCCUUUACGCUUCCAUGAAGCCCGUCUGCUUCUGUCAACCAUCUUCAUCGGAAAAGUGUCCGAUCCAACAAGAAACUAUGAAAUUUCCUGAGCCUUUCAAUCUUUUUCCUCACGGACUUGAAGUACCAGCGAGUGAUUUUGAUGCAAAUUCUGUCGGUUUCGUCGACAUUGAACAACUGAGAGAGUUGGAGGAAUUG